ACCAGGUGCCUCUAAUCAACCCUAAUCAUCUGCUUGCUCAAAGCUCCAUCACAACCUGCACUCAGACUCUGAUAGCCAGGAAAUCUGCACAGAGCAAUAUGUACUUCCUUCAUACCAUUGAGGAAGAUGAUGAAUCUGAGGAACUGCUGCAGGAACCUGUUGGAGGAGGCCAGAAGGUAUCAGAAGAACCUUCGCCACAAGGCGUCAUAAAGUCAAAACGUGGGACUGUCUCCGAGAGUAACAAGGCCACAGCGACUGAACAAGAACCAGUCUCGCAAGAGAACCCUAACAUCCUUAACUCCAGUCCAGGUUUAGCAAAGCAACUGAGAAAACCACCCGAUGAGCCGAAUAAAACACUGAGCACCUCAAGACCAAGACUCUAUAAGAGAAUCAGCUUCUCAACACCAGCAGGUGAACGCCCUACUGGAAUGAACUCCUCAACACCACAGCGCUUGGAAAGAAGGAGCUCAUCAGCACCAGGACGUUCCGAGAAAAGGACUUCCUCAGCUCUGAGUUCUCCUUCCAAUUCUUUAAUUUCACCACAUGAAGGUUCCAGAAGUCCUCCAGGGCCUGUGGUGGAGAAGAGCGAUACUCGAAAGACGACUUCUUCAAAGCGGACCGGUAAAAAAGUUACGGAACCGAGACGCGAUUUGAAAAGACAGAAACGGCGGAAACAACGAACUCCGGAACCCGGCGAGCUUCCGGCGCCUCGCUGGCUCAUUGAUCUGAUGUUUGACAUCGAAGAAGCCACCAGGCACAAGCUGACCGUGGAGUAGUGUAGAACUACGUAAAAAAGAACGUUAUUUUCUCCAAGACAAUGUCACAAUAUCGGAAUAUUGUAGUGUACUUUAUUGUACGUGAACCAUAAUAAACUGUCAGUGUCUGUGA